UUUCUGUGCUUUAUUUGUCAGGUCCAGUCUGAUGUAAGGAUAAUGUUAAAGACCUUUUCUAGAGAUCUCAACAACUUGAAGCAAUCCCUCUUGCGAGCAUCAAAUUCAUAUCAAGUUACAGAGAGAGAAAUUGACAGAAGACAAAACAUGUUAGACCAGCUGAUAACCAAAGAAAGACAAAUGAAUGCAGCAUUCCAACAAGAGGCAGGCCAAAGCGAUUUUGGAAGGAGUUCAUUACUGGCGACAGAUCCAAGGGGACGAGACACCAAUCCUUUUGAUGAACCAGAGGCCUUCCCUGAUAGCAAUAUGUCUGUUGACGACAUGAGGAGACAGCAGCAACAAAUUAUUGCAGAACAAGAUCAAGGAUUAGAAGCUCUUUCAGGAAUUAUUCAAAGACAGAAAGUUAUGGGACAAGCCAUAUCAGAUGAAGUUGAUGCACAUAAUGAAAUACUCGACGACAUAGACAAUCGAAUGGAUCAAACCAACCAGCGUCUUAUCAAGGAAACAACGCAUGUGAAAAGAGUGACAGCAAAAUCUUCUACCUGUGGAAUGCUGGUGGUUAUUGUUUUAUUGAUUAUCGUGAUCAUUGUUGUGGCUGUUGUGCCAAAGCCUUAAUCAUUCACAUUGUCCUAAUCAAUGUUUCUCUUUGAAUCAACAUAAUAUAGAAUAACUAAUAAGCAGUGAACCAGGGCUCGAAAAAAACUUGAUUUCCAGCUUGCCCUUGGGACAGGCAGCUCUCAAAUUUUACUUGCCCCAGGCAAGUCUAAGUUUGCUUUUUUAAUGAGUUAGUUGGCAGACGACUUGCUUGAUCCCUUGCCCAUCGGGCAGGUGAGAAUGAAAAGUUACUCUCCCAGAAGGAAAAUCUACUUGUCCGUGACAAUGGGACGGCACUUUUUUCGAGCCCUUACAAUGCAUUUCUACCGCAAUCAUCUGCAUCCCCCAACUUUCCUUUUUGACUAAAAGAAUUAUGAAUAUAUUUAUCUGAAAAUUAAGUAAAACUUCAUGCAUAUAAUCCCUAAAAUAACUUUAGGUAUACAUGAAGUAAAAUUACUAAAAAGAAAUCUGGAAUGAAAUAACCUGAUUUUACUGUGAUUGUUUAGCAACAUUAAGAAACCCACAAGAAACAAAAACAAGAAUUUCGUGAAGUAGUUUUAUUCAAUCUGAUAUCUAGAUAUACUAUAAGAGUACUCCCAGAGCGAAUCUUUAUGCUAUUAAAACACGCUAGAAAAAUAAGAAAUUAGUUAGAUGGCAAGCACAGAAAAAGUCCUAGAAACUAAAUCAUAAGAUUACUUUAUUAAUUUGGUUUGAGAAUAUUUCAUGCCAUUUUUUCAAAAUUUUUGAUACUUACAUAACUUGUUUGAGAAUGUUUUUCCAUCCAAUGAGCAAAUGCUACUAUGUAGAAUUGCCUGGUGCAUUUAUGGAGAAUUGGAAGUACUCUGAGCCACACACGCUUUCAAGUUCUCUCAAAUUCUUUAACUUGUUUACUUAAAGCUGUGAACUGUUUGUUGUGUGAAAAUGAACUCCUGAAACGUCUUCCACGUGAGGCUAAGCAUAACUCGAAGGAAAACGUGGAACUGGCGACAGCAAGCACAAGAGUACACAUUGCAAAAAAAUUCGUACGUUAAAAUUUCGGACCUCUUAUUUCGGGCGUUUAAUUUUCCGACACUUUACCUCAUUUCGAAGAAACAAUUCGGACACUUUGUUAAAACGUACCUAUAGUAAAUUUGCGCCAACAAAACACGAAUUAGACUGAAACAACAUCUGUGAAAAUGAUAGUUUUACUGCAUCCUAUUAGUUUUACAGAUUGACCCGCGAGAAAAUAACAUGCAUUGUAUCAAACUGUUACGAAUCUCAAGCAGUGUCUCAAUUAGAGUUCACUUCAUGAAGUAAACUAAGAGUUUGGUAGCUACUUAAAAAUUUCAUCUUGCGCUGUAAAUAUUUCGGACGUUUGAAAUUUCGGACACUUUGUGUCCGAAAUGUUGCUUGCAAGUAACGUAUGCUGAUGUUGGAGGGGGGAGGGGGGAGCUGGGGUGUGACUGGUGGUGAGCGCGGCUGAACAUGUCCAAGCGCGGGAAAAAUCUGACUGGUGGCUAACACAGUGGAACCUCGUUAACACGGUCACCAACGGGCCAUGAAAAUUCGUCCGUAUUAACGGGAUAGGGUCAAAUUUCAUGACUGGUCUCUUUUAUGUGGCGUCUUGACAGACACCAAAAUUGCACUUCUAAACAACCGCUCUGUAAUAAGCAUUCGAAAUCCUGGUGUAAUUUUUUAAAAAGAUGAAACUUCAAUCAGUACAUACAACUUUGGAAAGAUGCCCAUAACUAGUUCGAGUGGCCGUAUUAACGGAGUUGGGAUUUCAGAAUGUGGUCUUUGGCAGUAUUAACGCGGUUUUCUUAUAAGAAAAUGUAUAGGCGUUAAGCCGGGACAAAAAAGACUGGCCGUAAUUAAGACUGAGGUGACCGUAUUUAUAACGAGGUGACCCCAAAGCGGGGUUCCACUGUGUUAAACUUGUAACCGUGUAUAACUAGAAACCGUGUAACCAAUUGCAAGUGCGAGAGAACAUAUAACUGUCAUUAAUAGAAAAUGGUGUUAAAAAGUAUUGAAUGCAAUUUAAGAAAAAAAUAAUCCGUGUCACAAGCGUUGAAAUUUGCGAUCGUUUGCCCGUGACCUCUUACUUUUCAUCUGAUUGGCUAUAAAGGAAAAAUGAACGACGUAUACCUUACGUGUAUGUAAUAAGAGAGAUGUUAGAAAAUUUUGUAAGCAUCUUGUACCACAACGUGGUUUGAGUCAUGUAAUUACAACAAGAAAUAAAUAAGACAAUAGUUCUAUUUUAGUAAAUAAAGAGACUUAAUAGA